AUGAAGAAAUUCAUCAGCAAUUCCCUGUUUUCAUCGUCUUUGGCGAUGAAUGCCUGCAAAGCUUCUUCUCAUCGUAUGGCUACAUCUGCUGCUACAUCAUUUCUCUUCUCUCAUCCAUCAUCAUUAGUCUUGGGACAAACAACAACUUCGGGCACUGCAACAAAUUCAUCAUCAUCGUUUUUAAUUAAUUCGAUUUGUGAGGCUUCUCAACAUCAAGUCCGUUUUGCUUCAAAGAAGAGCGGUGGUUCUACACAAAAGACCAAGGACUCUCAUUCAAAGAGAUUGGGACUCAAAAGAGUGCAAGGACAACGAGUGAAAGCCGGAGAAGUUCUCGUCAGACAACUAGGUAAUAGAUAUUGGCCUGGAUAUAAUGUUGCACAAGGCAAGGACUAUACACUCCAUGCUCUUCGUGAUGGAUGGGUACAUUUUGCGUACGACGAAGUUUAUGAUAGAAAAUACAUUGUUGUUGCUCCUCGUUUGGCUGAUAUUGAAAAACAAUCCCAACUCCAAUUCCAUUUUGAAGGAGAGGCACCAUUUGUAAAGGAUCCAAUUGUUCGUCGUAAAUUCGGAAGAAAUAUUGCCAAUGUUGAAAUGACUAGAGAGGAGAGAGAAAGGAGGAGAGAAUUGCAAGCCAUCAAUAAGGAUAUUUUACCUACCAAGCGUAUUCCAAAUACUCAGGUUCACAAAAUUCCAAAGAUUAUCAAUUAUCAAGUCAAAUAUGUUGAGGAUACAGCAAACUUUAAAUGUAAGAGCAGCCUCAGGACACAUCGUGCCAUGCCAAUCAGUGAACCAUCAAGAGACAAUUGUUACUAA